GGUGUACAGUGCUGCGAGAGGAAAGGGAGAGCCGCGAGCCCAGAAUGGAGAGGGUAUCGACGUGUCAAGAGACCCACGGCAGCAGCAGAGAGUAGCUGUGUGUCAGAUCUCUGUGGACACGGAGAGUCCUUAUCAGGCAGAAACAAAUCCCAAGCGCCGUUGUCUCAACACGCAAAUUCAGGGUGCGUUGAAUUCCGCACAAUCGGCGGUUACAGAUUUGUUACAGACGUCGUCGUCUGCACGAGCCACAUUCUCCAAAAUGUCGGACCAUCAAGCAAGCGAACCAGGUUUCAGUCGGAAUGACAACACUUUGGACGAGAACGAUGCAAGUGGUGAAAUUAUUGUGAUGAGGCCGUUGAACAAAUACGGCAGCUUUGAAAUUCCUCAGUCUGAGACAUCCCUUAGAGAGGAUCUGCAGAUGCUCAAGGAGCCUGCAAGUGCAAAUAACAUGAAUGUGAAACACAGCCAACAAAGUGCAACCUCACAGUUUAAUAACCAGUCAAGAGGUGGAUCAAACUACGUGGAUUGUUGUGCGGAUUACCUGAACGUUCAUGAUGACAGCUCUGGAUUGAGCGAUAUAUCAUUAAAUAAUAACUCGCUUUCCCAACACACAGAGUCACCUUUGUCACAGCCAUAUUCACCUCCAGAGCUAGAUUUAAGGGACCAAGUCCCUUCAAUUGAACAUGACUCCUGGGAAGAUUUAGCACCUUCCGAUAAUGACCAAUGCACAUCACUAAAUGUGCAUUAUCCCAAUACUGUAGAAAACAUCUGCAAAUCUGAUAUUCAGUUAGGAUUUGGCCCAAAGAAAGAGUACGUAUUUAAUUUGUCAAAUGUGUUGCUUAAUGCCAAUGCAACAGUCAGACCACUGGAACUCAAUCAGAUGAUGGAUUCAUGUGAGAAGCUUCUGUCACUUUUUGUGGGAGACCUUCAGGAGAGUCUGGGUGAACCUCUCAGGAAUGUUUUCAUGUCAGCUCCAUUGUUGCAAAGGUUUGGUCUGAGAGAGACUUGUCCCUCAGUUCUCCUAGAAGGUUCUGCAUUGGAGACAUACGUGGAGCUGCAGAUGCUCUUAGAGACAACUCAUUACAUACAGAAUCGAUUAAACUUCCUGAAGGGUCUGCCGAGAUUCCGCACCUUGUUGUGGUACGAAACAUCACUUGGGAUGGAGUCACUUGAGUGCCAUUUUGCCGGAACCUUGAUCAACUGCCACGAACUUUCCAAGUUAAAAAAAGAGACCCACGCGGCCCGCGCGAGGUUGAGCAGGUGUACGGCGAACCAUUAUGUGCUGCUGAAGUGCAAUGCGGAGAGCUUGGAGUACGAACACUUGGAGACGCGGAGACUAAAGUUCUCCAUCCUGCCGCAUCCGCCACAGUCGGGGAUGGUGAACCUGGGAAACUCGGUUGAGGAGCUGGAGGCCCAACGCAAGUGCACUCAGCACUUGCUCGGGAAGCUGUUUUAUGCUCCCGCCACGGACCGAAGCGUCGAAAAGAUUGAACAUCUCAAUAUAAUUUUAAGCACCAUCAAACGAAAGCAGCAGUGGCUCAAGAGCAACCAAUACACGGCUCUUGACCCUAAGCAGAUCAGCAAGUUUGGUAUGGAACAUCUUGAGUGGAAUGCAGCCAAGAUGCUUGUCUGUCAAGAGCUGAAGGCCAAAGAGCCAUUUGACAAGAAGGACUCUCAAGAGAUAUUCUCUGAAGUCAAAGAAAGGCUGAGGAAGAUGACGGCAAAUGAUGUGGUGCCAGAUGUACGAGCUGCAGUUGAAGACGCGAAGGACUGGCAUAAGUUUGUACAGAGCUUUUCCUUCCCACGGACAAUUUCCAUAUCUAUCCAAACGCCCAUAUUAGACAACGGAAGUGGACAUUGCAGUGUGGUGGCUCUACCAGGCAGUGAGGGAAACACAGCCCCUAAGUCACUACCUUCAGCUGAGCCUCAUGGGAGUGGCAGCGGAAACAACAUGGAACAGGUGGCCGCAGCAGCGUUGACGUCCCGUCAGCAGAUGCAAAGUACCAAGCACUCGAAUGGAUCAAGCAGGCACAGGGAGGAGUACAAUGCGAAUGAGUAUCCAGAAGAAUUACCCACCAAGAAAACUAGAUUUAGCUUUGAUAGUGAAAUUCAUGGAGUGGGUCUACAUGCAGGCAGCAGUGAUGUUGCUUUGUUGGAGGAACAGCCUUGUGUUAAGACAAGGAAUGUGGAAAAUGCUACUGUGGAGACUCACGCUCAGAUACAAGUUUUUGAAUGUCCAACACUUGUUUUACAAACUGAUGAUGCUAACCUACAGAUACUGAGACAACAGGAGGGUGAGCAGGAUGAAAAAUAUGAAGAUAAGAUGCCAGGAAAUGGCGUACACACAACAGUGGAUCAGGCUGAAGUGAACUUUGCACCAGCCGAUCCAGGUUGGGAUGGAGAGGAUUGCAGUACACAGAUACAGGAGCAUCAGAGCAAUCCCCAGCCGAUAAGUACAGAGUCGUGUACCGAGAGUGUCUUUGAGGUCUGGGACACACCAGAGUGGUUUCCAGCAAGAUGCAGACAAACCAUGAAGAAUUGAUUGAAAUAAAUUCGUGUUUUUUGGUAGGGAAUAGGAAAAAUAUUGUAUGGUUUAAAUCGAGAGUUGUAAAUGUGGCAAGGUUUUAUUGGAAAGCAUGAAUGUUAUUCAUUUUACUAACACACGCAUAAAAUUGAUGGUGUUUAUUACUUGCCCACCAUGUGUGUGACUUCACAAGGACUACGAUGGCACACACAGGUGCAAUAUUUAACUGCAGAGCAUUCCUCUGUUUUCAGGGCUUGUUUAGCCAUGGAGAGCUGCUUUUGAUCUCUCAGCACCUACCGCUUGGUAUUUUGCUCUUCCACACAAAAAAGGUCAUACCAUUUGUAAGCAUUAGCCUUCACCUAAAGCCUCUUCUCGACAGCCAGAUGAUGGGAUAAGUUGUCUCCUUCUGAUGUUUGACCUCUGUAACAGCAGCACCCAGUCAUAUAAUUGUUGCUAUGUCAUUAAGAAUAGAACAAAUGUACGCACAAUACCAUUUUUAGGCAUGAUUCUAAUACAUGCAUGUAUGUGGUUUUCCAAAUUUGCUAAUGAUGGUAUGGUUUGUGUCUUACUAUCAUGGAUGCUGGAUGCAUGGGUUUCAAUGAGUGAGUUGAAACAAAAAAAUUUAAGAUUUGCAUUCGCUGUGGUGCCUUAUAACAGAAAACCGAAAACAAUUCCAUUCUGGCGUAAGAGAUGAAUGUCAACGUCGAGGUCUGCUGGCCAUGGGAGGGUUUUAGGGGAGUGUUUGUGCAGUUUUGCCAUUGAAGGAGGCAGAGGUUGCAGUGGCUCACGAUGAUCCAUAGUUUGGGUUGCAUGGCCACUUUUGUGCUGUGGCUUGUCUUUAAUUUUACAUUCAUGAAGGAGGUGUGUGCAUCGGUUUGUUGAUGUUCUGAUGCGGUUGAUGGUUACACCAAGGUCUUGAAGGAAUGGCAAAGCCAGCAGGUGCGAUGUUUGGGUCUCGAAAUUAUGUGUUUAUUCUGGACGUCCGCAUUCUCCCGUAUCUGGGUGAGAUUCUAGGAUGGUGGCAACACGAUCCCAGAAGGAGGAUCGGGACUUGAGUCUUCAGCAAGGUAUAUUGCUGAAGCCUUGGUUGGUGAGUAGGUUGUCAUUGGCAGGAAAACAUAUACAUUCCCCCUUGCAGUAUGCAUCUCAGCGGAUAUUUGGUGGCAAAAUGUUCACCAGAACAGGGAGUCAGGAUAUUUAUUUUGGUUUCGGUGUUGCGGUUAUUAUGCACAUUGUGUUAUAUAAUUCUGCAUCUAGCAGUGUUAUGUAUGAGCUCCCAGACCAGACGAGAGCACAAUGUACUACCACUGAGUGGAUCAGUGAUAGAGAACGGUAGUGUGCAGCACAUGAGCUGAGGCGCUCCAGGUCGUUCCUGCAUUAUUUCUGUAGCAGAUCUGUUUUAUACUCUUUGGUUCUUUCGGUAAAGUCACGUAAAUGAAAAAUAAAAAUAAUAAAAAUGAAAAUAACUAAAUUAAAUCACGUAAUUUUGCUGUUGCUGUUCCACCUGAUGACGGAAGCUUGUGUUGCCUCCGAAACGUCGUGAUUUAAUUUAGUUAUUUUCAUUUUAUUAUUUUUAUAAUUUUUCAUCUACGUGACUUUACCGAAAGAACCAAAGAGUAUGGAUCCUCGCAGUCACGAAAACUUCAAAUCUAGAAUUAAUUUAUUUGGGGCUUAAAGGUCAUACUUCUGUCCAUGAUAAUCCAUAGAUAUCUUGGGAGUGGGGUCACAGUGCCCUGGGCUACCACAGGAGGACAGAUCAAGAGUGAUAUCUGCUGCAUGAUUGUUCAGGUUAUUGAAAUACAGUGAUACCUCGGUUCACGAACUUAAUUCGUGAAUUGACUCUGGUCGCGAACCGAAUUGGUCGUGAACCGAGGCACAUUUUCCCAUAGGGUUCAAUGUAAAUCCGGUUAAUCCGUUCUGACCUUUUUUUUUGGUUUUUGAAGCACAAAAAUAUGAAACAAAUUACAAUACACAUUAGUACUGUACAGUAUAGUAAUGUAUAAAGAGAGAACACUAACAUUGCUUGAGAUGACUUCAGUAAGCACUCAAACGGGUGAACUGUACAAUACAGUAAGUACAGUAUUGUACAGUACAGGAGUACAGUACUGUAUGUGCUAAAAAGCACACCAAAAAGCAAAAAGUCACUGAAAGUGUCUUCACAGUACUCACAGUACUUCUUUCUGUGUCUCUUCUUCUCUCCACGAUCUUCCUACAGGAAGUCACGACCAUGUGACAGCCUGGAAAUAGCAUUAAAAUGGCCGCGGCUCCUGUUCGUGAACCGAAGCGGAGUUCGUGAACCGGAGCAUAUUUUUAUGAACUUUUCUGUCCGUGAACAGAAGCGUUCGUGAACCGAGGUAUCACUGUAAUUUGGUCAGAGUCACCAGCGACGGAAAUCUGCCUCCAAUAAAGUUAGGUCAGCUGUCAAGAGUAUCAGCAAUAAUCUCGAGGUUUGUUCCCUAUGCACCAAGGUCCAAGUCCUCUACAUAUAUGAACUUGCAAGAUGACGUACAGGGAAGAUCACUUAUAUGAUAAAUAGUGAUGGCAAGAGGAACGAUCUUUGAGGAAGGCCAUUCAGUAUUCCACUACAGCUGUUUUUUACCAGUGAGGUGUCCCCUAAAAGUACGGUUGCUGAGCAUCCCAUCUAUUCGUUGAACGCCAUAUCAUGAAUUUGGCCAACUUCAUCAGCAGGCCAUGAUGCCAAACAGUGUCAUAGGCAGCAGAGAGGUCAACUGUUGCUGUGCUAGUUUUCUGUUGAUGCUGGAAACCGGCUUCCAUUAGGGCGGUGAAGGCAAUGAUCCGUGGACACCAGCAGCUAUGGCCAGUUCGAAAUCCGGCUUGUUUGGGAGGCAAUGGUACAGGCUGAUGUUUCGGGGCAAUGCUCCAACGCAGUGAAACUGACUGAAACAGCCUAUUUGUGUUUUGUUACUAGGAAGUAUUAACCGUGAAUGUGGUGGUGGUUAUUGUUUGUACUUAAUGAGUUGGCAUUAUCCUUUAGAUUAUGAUAAAAGAGCACGCAGAACCAAGCAAGUAUGUUUGGUUUUUUGCCACUUCCGAUCGUGUUGGGCAGCGCAGGCACAUGCUGGUAAAAGUGAUUGCCUCUCCUAUCUUGUAAUUGUUGAAUAUAAAAAUUGUGAAUUGUAUCUGGAGAAUGUGAAACAUUAGCAGGAUGUUAUUUUCAAACCUCUGCCACUAUGUGGCUACGUUACUCAUGGUAAGUGAGUAAUCUGCUUUAGUGGCCCAACAUUACAUGUUAACCGUUCGUAUGGAAAUCAGCUAUGAGCUUGUCAAAGUUACAGAUGAACGGCUACGAUCACAAUGGCUAGAACCGGACUGCUCGUGUAGGUGUACCACUGCAGGUUACGCUGCUAUUGCUGCAACGGAACAUGCUUUGGAAUGGGAAAAUCCAGCUUUCCCAAAAUAAUAUUAUAUGCUACAUGA